AUGGCGGACGGCAAGGAGAAAGCCGCAGAGCUUCUCCGGGUCCUUGAGGAAGCUUUUUCCGACGUGGACUGGGUGGCGGUGCGAAAGGAAGGAGGCCGCCUCAUAGAGUUGGAUAGCUCCCAUGGGCUUGGUGUUGGGUGGGAGAAGGAGAUCGUGAAGAACGUGCGGGUUCUCAUGCAUGUCCUUGACCACACCGUGAACCUGCCUGCCCACUCGGUCUUCAAGGCUUGGUUGCAUGCUCUUGUGGUGUUUCUGAGCAUUCCGUUAUAA